GUAGAGACUGUAGAGAAGCUGUCAUGUGUGCCCUAUUCUAGGGCCUCCUGCUUUCUUGCUAGCUAGGAGUGGGGACUGGAGGGAGAGGAGGAAAAAAAAACUUUAAAAAAGUCAGUCCAGCUGCUGUGCUCCAUAAUAGCAGCAGCCGCAGCAGCAGCAGCAGUAAGUGCCCGGGCUAGCCCUAGUGCAGCAGCCGCACAGCCUGGGACACACACAACCCCUCCGGCCGCUGGAAGUGGGUACAGUACUGGGCGGCCGGCAUGGAGCUGCUGUGCUCCGAGGUGGAGACUGUCCGCAGGGCUCAGACUGACCCGACGCUGCUGUUUGACGACCGGGUGCUGCAGAACCUGCUCACCGUGGAGGAGAGGUAUCUGCCCCAGUGCUCCUACUUCAAAUGCGUCCAGAAGGACAUCCAGCCCUUCAUGCGGAGGAUGGUGGCCACCUGGAUGCUGGAGGUCUGUGAAGAACAGAAGUGUGAGGAGGAAGUGUUCCCAUUGGCUAUGAACUACCUGGAUAGGUUUUUAGCUGUGAUCCCCACUAGAAAAUGCCAUCUGCAGCUCCUGGGAGCUGUCUGUAUGUUUCUUGCCUCCAAACUGAAAGAGACAAUUCCAUUAACUGCAGAAAAACUUUGCAUAUAUACUGACAAUUCAAUCAAACCCCAAGAGCUGCUGGAGUGGGAGCUGGUGGUUUUGGGAAAGUUGAAGUGGAACCUUGCUGCGGUGACACCACAUGACUUUAUUGAACAUAUAUUACGAAAGCUGCCUUUACCUAAAGAGAAGUUGCUCCUGGUGCGGAAGCAUGCUCAGACGUUUAUUGCGCUCUGUGCCACAGACUUUAACUUUGCCCUGUACCCGCCGUCUAUGAUAGCGACUGGAAGUGUGGGAGCCGCGAUCUGUGGGCUGCAGUUGGACGACGCAGAAAGCGCUCUCUCUGGUGAUGGCCUGACGGAGCACUUAGCCAAGAUCACUAGCACAGAUGUGGAUUGCCUUAAAGCUUGUCAAGAACAGAUUGAGUCUGUGCUGGUCAGCAGCCUUCGGCAAAACAGACAGCAGGCACAACAGAGGAACUCUGCCAAGUCCGUCGACGAACUGGAUCAGGCCAGCACUCCUACAGACGUGCGAGACAUCAACCUGUGAGGAGUUCUGCAGCAAGAGAGUCUUUUCCUUGUUCUGUAUUUUUAGAACAAACCCGUUUAUAUCUGCUCCCACUUAGAAAAAAAAAUAUUUAAAAACUAUUUUAAAUACAAAAAAAAAGGAAAAAAAAAACUGAAUUAUUAAGUGUUUGGUGCCUGUGAUGUCCUUUUAGAAGGGAAUCCCACAAUAUAUUUGAUAAUUGCUGUUAUUAUAUAUUGUUAAAUUUAAGUGCUUAUAUAAGCAUAAACUAGCUAGAAUAUUUGUAAGCCUGCGUUUGUGGGAUGACACUUAGAUAUACUUUUUUUUUUUUACAUUGUAGUCGCUUACACCUCUUGAUAGAUGUCAAAGGGGCGUGAGUGCGAUAUUUGUGGUUUUCAUUUUGUAGAUUGCAAAGCAAAAGACUAAUGGAUUCUAGAGGGCAAAGUAAGCAGCGAUCCCUAUAGAAGAUUGAAGCAUUUUUCGGGAUGCUCAAUGAUCACGUGGGAUCGCUUUUAGUCUUAUUGUUAUCUAAAGAGAGGCGCUUUCUGGAUCUUCUAUUUAGUUCUGUUUACUUUUGCUGUCUAUGGUAGCUGCUACCGAAAAAAAAGAUGCUUUAUUUUUGCAAGCCUAAGGCAGGUGUUUUUUUAAUGUGUAGUUUUUUAAAUUCCCAUUUUCUUUCAACAUAGUGUUUUUUGUUUUUUUAGAGAACGUUCUGGUUUAGAGGGGGGGCUCACGUAGCCAACUGUGGACACGUGAAAUACAAGGACUUCAAUACUGGAUUGGAUUUAAAGGAUAAAAGAUGUAUUUUGUCCCAACAAAAGUGGAAGGUACUCAUUUACUCCUUGACAUUUCACUAGAAAUUGGAACUCCUUCCUUUUAUUAGGAACCCUCCUCUCCACAGAUUAAAAGGGGAUAUCAAACUAAAAUUUUCAAUGACUUUUUUAGCUAAUAAAUUUAUUUAUUAAUUUUUUUUUUUUUUAAACAUGGUUGCAAAAACCAUACCAUUUUGACCUUACAGUCCGCUUUCCACUAUAGGUGCCUAAAUCCAAUGGUUAUUUAAAGUGGCAUUCAACCCACAUGAUUCUUUUCUUAACUAAAGGAUAUUACAAAACAGAAAUAAUAUUUUGGGUGGAUAUCCCCUUAGAGGGAAAAAAAAAAAAACUUUUUUCUCUAACUCCGCUGGUAUUUUAUAUGGUUGGUCUGCCGCUAGCAUCAUUGUAAACCAUUUCAUUCGAAAAAGCACUUUGAAAAUUGUUCCUAAGGGAUAAAUGAGAUGGUUUAUGAAAAUUGUGCCGACCCUAUCGCGUCAUUUUAGACUGCCUCCAUGCACCCCACUGCCGAAUACAUCUUACGGUGUUGCUGGAUUUUUCGACACCUGCCUUAGAUGACAUUCCUUUAACAACAUUCCGGAUACACAAGAAACUAAAGUAUUGUUGAUGUUCUCUGAUGACCUUGAAAGAGGUUAGCCAUUUUGGUUGCCUUUUGUUACUAGUUCCCAAGGGCGGCAGGGUCAGCUAAUUAUUUUAGACAUUUUUAAUGAAAUAUCUGGCAACAAAUGGUCAACACCUACAAAUUUGUUGCAUAAAAAAAAAUGUGUACCAAUGUACUUGAAUUGUAUUUUUUUUCUCUCCUUCCUUAUUGUAGUUGCUCCAGCAAAUCAGCAUCUUUUUAUUUUUUUAUUUUACUUUCCAUAUGCUGGUGCAAUUUUUUUCUGUUAUUAUUAUUAUUAUUAAUGUUAUUAUCUUUUUUUUUUAUGCACAAUGGUAUGACACAGUUGACAAAGCUGUUGCUUAAAAAAAAAGUUUGCUAAUUUAGUCGGAAAAAGAAAUUUGAUUGGUUUAAAGAAAGACCAUUAAAGGAUGGGGUUUGUCAUGUGUUGGCUACAAGUGCUGGUAUGAGGAGUGAGUAAAUAUAUAUAUUUUUUUUUAUUUGUUUUUUGCGCUGCUAAGGAGCUAUGAUUUGUUUCAUUCUUAUUCACAUUAACAGUACUUAGCUGUAUUGUUUCACUGAGUGUGCUGCUAUUUUAUAAACAUUUUUAUAAUAUAUUAUUUUACUGCUUAAAAUUUCCAAUCCUGAAGUAAGUAGAUGGUUAAAUAGACAAAAGAGGAAUUCUGAUUACUGGAAAUGCCUUUGUACAGCUUUUUUUUCCCUACUAAAAGAGUGUUAAUGACAUUUUUUUGCUGAUCACACCCUAUUAAGGUGGUAUACUUACCUCAGGUUUACUGGAUACAAAAUGGUUCCUUUUUUUUUUUUUCACUCAAUAACAUUACCUCACACUUUUACAGUUUUCCUCUGGGAGCCUAGUGCAAUGGUGCUAAUGCAGCAGGGAUCUGUGCUUGCACUGGAGACCUUGCUACUCAUUUCCCUAUUAGUUUAUAAGAAUAAUAGAGUGGAGUUGUGGGGGAGGGGGGAUUGCAGUUUUCCAGUUUUGGGGCACACAAGAUAAAUAUGCUGUGAUGACUAGUAAUAACGUGUGACUGUGCUGCCUUGACUAGCAAUUGUACAUAACUCCAAAUUCCACCUUCCCCCAAUAACCCCAUCCUACCCAUAUAAGUUAUGUAAUUAGAACUGGUAAUAUGUUAACCUGCUGCCAAUUUAACGUUUAUCAGGCAGUUACACAAAACAAAGGCAGACACUGAUGUUCCUCAAAGCACAGCUUACCAAUUCACUCCAUGCAUGUGAUAUAGCGGCGGCAUGAGGCAUUUUUAUAUUCCCGGUUCCUUUGUACCUCAUGUUACAGUGAUUUGAGUAGUUCCCACCUAAUGAAUGGGCUGUAUUUUCAGUAAUAUUAAUAUUGAUAUGACAAAAUAGCUGCAUCCCCCCCCCCCCACCCCAAAGAAACACCAAACAAACCCCAAAACUACAGUUUUAGCACUGGUAUUUACACACCAAAAAGACCAAAAUCAUUCAAAGAAUUUAAGCAAAUAAAGUUAAUCUAUAUGUUACAGCAUAUUUCAUUUUUAGUUGUGUUACUGUUAAACAGGUUAUUGUGCCUGCCUGCUCCACCCAUCUCAAAUUUGAAAGUUAAAGGCACUUUGAUAUGUGGCGUUUGGUUUGACGUGAUCACAACUCGCGCUGCUUUAAAUACAAUGGCGGCAUAAGUCUCCCCUAUUGGUUUUCCUCUGUAAAUGGAUUGAGAAGCAGCCUAUGCUUUCCAGAACUAUUAUUUUUUUUUCUUUCUCAUUUAUCAUCAUUUUUAGGGCUCAAAAGGUCAGUAAAUUGUCAUUGGCACCUUUUUAGGGGGUAAAAAAACAAACAACUUUUAUAUUCUAGUUUUAGGAGUUAAGGGAAUGGCAUACCAUGUAUAUAAAAGCAUGAAGAUAUUCAAAAUCUCACGCUCCGAUUGGUAUAUGGCAUUUUCACAAACCGCUUAGGUGAGCAUAGCGUCAGCUAGAAGAUUUUUACAGUAAUGAUCGAUAAAAUGUAAAAAAUAGACCUUACUUUACAGUUUGCAUUUCUGGUUUGGAAGAAACUUUUAGUUACAUACUCAAGUGAAGUAUGUAGCUAUCAAACAGCUGCUAGACGACCCAGAAUCCAAUCUCGCUAUGUGAACUCUAGAGAGGUGUUAACAUGUACAUUCUAGGCAUUGCAAAUUGCCUCAGCGACAAUGUGAUGUCGGGCAAAUCACUCUUGUAAGUCACUUUUCCCGCUUAGGUUACUGUACCUAGACGAGACCAUGAUUUCUUACUAGUCAUGGCAAUUUACACAGCACUCUUUGUGAUAACUAGGAUAUAGUGACCUGGGAUUUAAAGUGAUAAGUGAACUGUGUAACUUUUCUGGAUUGAUAAUGAUUCACACGAAUGAGACAUUGUACUUAAUUUAAUUUGUUCUGUUAAUGACACCAGCACGAUAACCUUGUGUCUUGGCUUGAAGCCGACAUGUAACAAGGUAUUUUCUCUCACAUUUCUUGAGUUUUGUGACCUUUUAACGAUUGGAUGUAACAGAAAGUGCAUUUAGGGCAGAAGUAGGGAGCCUGUGUCUUUCUAGCUGUUGACGAACUACAAGUUCCAGUGACUUUUUGCCAAUCAGUAACAGCAGCUGGAAAGUUCUCGGGGCGGUCUAAGUCUAAUUUAGGAAGUUAUAAAUGUGCUAGUCAUAUGUGGUAAUUGUGUAGAUGUUGAAACAUGUUUAAUUUAAAAGUUGGGAAAAAAAAAUUCAAUAUCGGAAUGUUUUUUUGUUUUUUUUUGUUUAAGUAUUACGUUAAGGCAUACGUGUCACACUUACACACAGGGGGUGAAGCCAUUUUGUGGACUGAAACAAUACUCUGAGGUCGUGUCACUAUCUGAAAAUGAAUAAGUGAAUUGAUAGGUUGCACUUUCAUGAAUAUUUGUUUGGAAAACAAAAUGGCAGCCCUCACUGUCUGUAGGCAAUGGGAACACGUUAAAGUUUGCCAAAGCCUGACCUCCUGAAUUGUUGCUGUUUUGAGGGCUGAAAUAAGACUGCCAAUGUGUGCUGCUGCUUCUGAUGGGGAAUAAAAUAAAUAUUUCCAAGAGGCUAAUUGCAUUUCAUUUGGAGCAAAAGAAAAACAAAUUAUUUACUAGUGUUGGAGAAGUUUUCUGCACAUUUUCUUCAUGGAGGGUGAAAUUCCAAAGUUUAUGCACAAAAAAGCAGUCGGGGAUGUGUUGGAUGGAAGGGGGGUGUUAAAAAUAAAAAACUGUAAAAAAUGAUAAAAUCUUCAUGGGAUAUGAUGCUAUUUAUUGAUAACUCUGGGGGGAGGGGGGCGUAAUACCAAAAUUCAUGCACUUUCAGGAAAAACUAAGCUGCCGGCCCCAGAAAACAGCCCAGAUAUAGGACAUGAGAUGGGGCAAUUCAGUACACAGUAUUCUCCUUUGCUGUUCCAUUUUGAAAGUUUUUGAAAAUGUGUCGAGUCAAUUCCCAACGCGACUGUUAUCCAAAGUACAUGUUGUUCGCCAUAAGCGAAGUAUUUGCAGUUUGUGCCGUUUGUUUUGGGGUAGCGCUUGAUUUUUGCAGUCCGAUGGCUGGUGGAGAGCUGGCUUCAUGUUGUAAUGGGCGGAACAUUUUGUCCUGGAGAGCAGUAAAGCAGUAUGUGGAGAAAUUCACACGCCCCAACAAGUCUAGCGAAAGUUCAUCUCUACGUUUGCCCUGUGUCAGCCAACCGUAUCCUUUUGCAUUUACUUGUAAAAAAAAAUACAUACCAGAAACCUCAGCAGUUGAUGCCCCCAACGGAGAUUUUAAUCAAGGGAUCCCAAACUCAUAAACGUCCGUCUCCUGCUGACGCCCAUUAAAGUAAAUUCUGUAGAGGUUGUCUUGCAUCCUGGUUCACAGCACAAAAUGGCUGCUUCCACUGUGUGUGGAUGACAGAUACAUUUUAAGCAUCCUUCAUAUCCCUGAGCGUAGGACCAUUCAGCUCUGGCCAUGUUCAUUACGGUAAAAUAAAUAACCAAAUGUCGUGAUAAAGAUAUUGCUGCUGGCCCUGUAUAGUUCGGUUUUAUUUUUUUUCAAUAUAAUUGCUUAUUUUUUAUUUUUUUUCAGUCCUCAAGUCUCCCCUUCCUUUUAUUGGCCAGUGGAAUUUUGAUUUUCCACCAUGUACCUCAAUCACUCUGCACAAUCGUCUCAUUUGUUGUUUUUUUUUUUUUUUUUGCUUUAUUGAAAUGUGAUGCCAUAUCAAGUCAAUGUUAUUCUCUCACAAUGUACUUUAAGAUAAUACAAAAAGAAGGUGUGGACAGUUAUAUGGUCAGGGAAAGAUAGAAAGUGUAGACUUAAAUUAAAUAAUGUUAAAAAUGAAUUUUUAGCAAGUACGUGAGAUUUCAUAUGGUGGAUAAGACUCAUAUUGUGUAGGUUUUUUUUUCAAUUACAUAUUGAAAAGGUCUUGUCUGUUCAGUGUUAAAGUCGUUUUUUUAUGUUAAUUGACUAGUUAAAAAAAAAACGAUCGAUUAAUGAAAUGUGUUUUGGGGGAAUAAGAAUGCUGUUUGGGCAAUAAAUUCACCUUGACCUAAAA